GUAGCAAAAAAUUCAGAAGAAAAUAGAGAAAAAGGCACAUUCUAUCACAAAUAAUUUAAUAACUUUGGAUUCUUAUGUUGCAGCCAGCAAUUACUAAGUUAAAAAAAAAAAGAGAGGUUAUUUUAAUGCAGUUUCACUCAUUUUAAUGUCAUCUUGUUAGUUGAUUGGUGAAAAGCUCUGUACUGGGGACAGCUGACACUUAACCCCACCAUUAGUGUUUUCAUUUUGCCAUGCCAAUGCCAUAGCAGAUAUAAAACACCUAAAACUUACAAGACUCACAUAUUGAUAUUGAAGAAGAUGCUGCACGGAUAAGCACUCUUGCACAAUACAUAUACUUUACUAUAUAUCUCAGACAUCAGUCAUUUCUUGUUUGUUUUUUUAUCUCUUUCAUUUCCCCCCUCUCUCCCUCCUCCUAUUUAUUGUUUCAGGAGUUAAAAGGCUUUUUCCUAUUUAAUAAACCACACCCCACUCUGCUCUCUCCUUCUUCUUUACUUGUCUAUACAUGUAGCUUUAACCAAGCAAUUUCUGUUAUUUACCUGUCAAUGGGAAAGAAGAAGGGAGGUAGUUCAUGGUUGAGUGCUGUUAAGAGGGCUUUCAGGUCACCAACUAAAGAUAACAGCUGCGACAAAAAGGCGAAAACAGAGCAUGAACUAGAGGAAGAUGAAGAAAAGAAAAGAGAGAAGAGAAGGUGGUUAUUCAGAAAGCAGUCACAAAAUGGUCAACCAAAUGAAGGGAAGGCAAUUGCUGAUCCAAAGCAUGCAAUUGCAGUGGCAGCAGCAACAGCAGCAGCAGCUGAAGCUGCUGCCUCCAACAAUCCGCCUUCAAACAAGCAACACAGUGCUGCUGUACUCAUCCAAACUGCGUUCAGAGGAUAUCUGGCAAGGAGGGCACUAAUUGCACUGAAGGGGAUAGUAAAGCUUCAAGCAUUAAUAAGGGGUCAAAAUGUCCGGAAGCAAGCUAAGAUGACACUGAAAUGUAUGCAAGCUUUGCUUAGGGUGCAGGCUCGGGUUCGUGAACAGCGUGCUCGCCUUUCACAUGAUGGAGGCCGUAGGUCCAUGUUUGCUGAAACAACUAAUUUAUGGGACUCUAAAUAUCUUCAUGACAUCCGAGACAGGAAGGCCAGAUCUAGAGAUGGAAGCUCCAUUGAGGAUGAUUGGAGGGACUGUCCGAGAUCGCUUCUAGAGCUGGAAUCAAUGUUACAGGCCAGAAAAGAAGCUUCCUUUAAACGAGAAAAAUCCCUUGCUCAUGUGUUUACUCAACAGGUAUUGGAUGAGAUGGAUGUCGGUAGUGAAGAAAGAAAUGAGAGGGAACUAGAAGAGACAUCGAAUUGGCUAGACGAGUGGAUGUCAUCAAAGCAAUGGAACACCAGCAGCAGAGGUUCAUUUGACCGAAGAGACUCAAUAAAGACUGUAGAGAUGGACACGCCCAAGCCGUAUUCUAACAUGGUUCCAAAUGCUCGAAGAUCACACCACUCGAGCCCACUUCACAGACAAGCUAGUACUCCACAUUAUACUGCUAAUUCUCCCCAUCGCCAGAGAACAUCACAUUACAAUUACUCCGCAAUUCAACCACCAGCCACCCCACCCCCUUGUCAACCCAAACCUCUCCAAGUGCGUCCAACAAGCCCCCGUAAAAGCCAAUCAACCGCAAACACUCCAUGCCUACGCUCUACCAGCCGUUCAAACAGUAUAAUGUCCCGCUAUAGCACUUCAGGAAAUGAUGCAGCUGCUCCAUCAGUUCCUAACUAUAUGGCUGCCACUGAGUCUGCAAAAGCUCGGAUUCGCUCACAAAGCACACCAAAACAAAGGCCCUCCACACCAGAAAGAGAAAGAGCUGGUUCCGUGAAGAAACGCCUCUCUUACCCUAUUCCUGAGCCAUACUCGCUAAACGCUGCCUAUGGCUACAGUCAGAACUUGAGAAGUCCUAGUUUCAAAAGUCUUCAGGCUGCCUAUCUUGGGAUGGAACAACAAUCAAACUACUCGUGUUACACCGAAAGCCUUGGUGGAGAAAUGUCUCCUUGUUCAACCACUGACUUAAGGAGAUGGUUAAGAUGAGAAAUCCAGAAUUAGUAAUCAAAUGAAUAAAGAUUACAGGCAACAUGCCAUCUUGUGUGUCCUACUUUCUUUAAUAUAGAUGGGAAAAUCAGGGUGUUAGGUGAAUGUUAGUCAUAAACGAAGCAAGAACAUGUGUCACCCCUGGUCUGUAUUUCUUUGUUCAUUUUCUAGCUUAUAGUAGAGCUAAAAUGUUGAAUUUUCUCCAA